AUGGAUAAAAAAAACUCACAACAGCAAUGACAUUCGCAUCAAUGUCCAGCACAGAUUUCAGAACUUUCUCAAAUCUUCCGUCACGACGAACUCCAUACUCAGCUCACCGGCGCGUGGCCGAGAUGCUCCUUCUAAGUGCUUCUUCAUUGCCGGAAAGACUAGGUAGCAGCAAUAGCAUAGCCGGAAGGGAAACCUCUAUUCGCCACACCGUCUCUGCUAGCUAUGGUGAUAAGGAAUCGGGUUCAGUUAGCUCUAAUGAGUAUAAUUCUCCGGCGAAGUCACUCCGGAAACUCCUAGAAUCACCGGGAAUUCAUCAAGGACCAGCUUGUUUCGAUGCUCUCAGUGCUAAACUUAUUGAGCGAGCUGGGUUCGAUUUUUGCUUCACAACUGGUUUUGGAAUAUCUGCCACACGGUUAGGAUUGCCAGAUGCAGGACUAAUUUCUUACGGAGAGAUGGUGGCUCAAGGUCGAGAGAUCACACAAGCAGUGUCCAUACCAGUAAUUGGGGAUGGAGAUAAUGGAUAUGGUAACGCCAUGAAUGUCAGGAGAACUGUGAAAGGAUAUAUUGGAGCAGGUUUUGGAGGAAUAAUUCUUGAAGAUCAGGUUUCUCCCAAAGCAUGUGGUCAUACACGUGGCAGGAAAGUUGUUUCUCGGGAGGAAGCAAUCAUGAGAAUAAAAGCGGCCGUUGAUGCUCGAAAAGAAAGUGGAUCUGACAUUGUGAUUGUGGCACGUACUGAUGCACGUCAAGCAGUCUCCUUUGAAGAAGCCCUUUGGCGGGCACGUGCUCUUGCUGAUGCUGGAGCUGAUGUUCUGUUCAUAGAUGCUCUUGGUUCCAAAGAAGAGAUGAAAGGUUUCUGUGAUGUCUAUCCACUGGUUCCAAAGCUCGCAAACAUGCUUGAAGGUGGUGGUAAAACACCAAUAUUCACUCCUAUUGAACUGGACGAACUUGGAUACAAACUUGUGGCAUAUCCACUUUCCUUGUUGGGGGUAUCAAUCGGUGCAAUGCAGGAUGCAUUGUCUGCUAUUAAAGGAGGUCGGAUACCAUCGCCGGGUAGCAUGCCUACAUUUGAAGAGCUAAAAGAAAUCCUAGGUUUCAAUACCUACUAUGAAGAAGAGAAGCGUUAUGCAACAACAAGCAGUCAACUUCCUUCUCGUAAAGGUGAUUUCUCAUCAAGCAGCAAUGAGUAUGGUGUUCAACCCGGCAUCGAAGCUGAUAGAGAGCAGCGAAGUCAAAUACCAGAGAAUCCUGUUGAGGUAUUGAUACCUGAGGUGUAUGACAAAUUUUAUGGUGAGGGUAAGAAAGGGAAUUUCUCAAUGGCCUGGUCUCGGAAAUUGAGAGUAAAGAUUACUGGAAAAGAUGGAUUUGAAAAGCUAGAUAUCAGAAUUCCUGCUGGAUUUUUGGAAGGAAUCACAAACAUAGUUCCAGCUUUGGUAGGUGUAAACAUCAAGUCUCUGUUGGAUGAGGCAACUUUAGAAGAGGGAGGGAAACAAUUGUUGGAUUUUCAGGAUACAUCAAUGGGUGACAGGAUACAAGUUAUUUUGGAGUAAAAGGAGCUCUUGUUUCUUAUUCCUGUAUUUUCCCAACUAAAAAACAUUUUGAUGAAUGCAUCUUGGGCAAUCUAAAGUAAUUUGGUGAUUAUAUGGUAAA